AUGGCUGAGUGGAUCAAGACUAACACCGCAAAGCUCAAGACCCAGCUGCUGCCGGAUGUGGCCUUGGCUCAGACCCGCGUCAUCAUGAGCAUCGAUGUGGAUGCAGUGGCCGAGUGCUUUGGCUACCCAGGCUACGUGGAAAUCGACCCCCCAACACUGAGGAAGUCGCAAUGCACCUCAGACCCGCCCACGUUGAGCACGCUGAAGCUGGACCUUACUGACGGCUAUGUGGGUGCCAGCGCCAUGCACUUCGACAUCUUCAAAGACAAGGGCAACCCCGGGAAAUACGUCAUCAGGACGAUUGCGCGGAACGAGGACUUUUGCCCCACUUACGUUGGCGUGUCGGCCAACUGCGAUGCCGCUGCUGUGAUCCUGACCGGCGUUGAGGACCGCAAGACGUACUGGACCAUGACAGCUGGCAGGGGCUUCUAUACCUUCAGCACAGAGAUCAAGAAUGGCAACACGGUGCUGUGCAAAAAGUUUCUGGCCAUCCGCAAGCCCACCGCCUGCCCCGCUGCCGGCGCGGUCACCCUGACCGCGCCGCGCCUGCCCGGCGCGGCAGCCAACCCGGACGACGCGUUCCUGGCCACCUACAACAUCAACUUCAGGCUGGCGCGGCCGGUCCCCAGCGAUGCCUCCUUCGGGCGCAGCCCCAGCGCCCCAGAGAUCGUGCGCGUGGCCUCGGCCCCCGACGGAAAGUUCACCGUGACGCUCGCAGUCCCCGACUUCCCGGGCGGCGCCGAUGUGUCUACUUAUGACAUCGUGGGCAGGCCCAAGAGCGGGGCGGCCAACCCCAAGGUGCUCCUCGUCAACACAGCCGGCCAAGUGGACCCCAACAAUGCGCGGCAGAGGAUCUUCACGACGGCUGCCGGCGGGCGGUGGCAGGCAGCGCACGACUUUGUCGCCUACGCCAGCAACAGGUUUGGGCGCAGCAUUGCGAGCAGGAUAGAGGUUUACUACCCCCCACCGUCGCCCGGCCCUCCAACCAUCGGCAGUGUGGGAGUGGUCAACGGCGCAAUUGAGGUGGAGGUCAAUCCCGACUGGGAUCCUGACGGAUAUGCAGGCUACACUUUUGAGGUGGCUGGCACUGCCCUGGAAGGCGGCGCCAACAUUGCCGUCGCUCGGACAGCGGGCCAGGCGCUGCCCAAUGAUGCGUUUGCGCUGCGGUUUGCUGCGGGGGCGCACCGGAGCGGCGAGGUCUACAGCAUCAAUGUCUUUGCCUACAAUCAGCUUGGGCUCAAGAGCUUGGGCAGCCCGUCAGUCACCUUUUUAGAAAAGCCCGACGCCCCUCGGAUCAACAAGCUGUCGGUCAACGAGGCCGGGGCGGGCGUGCUUGAAGUGACCAUCACGCCGCCUGCUAGCUCACUUGUCUUCGAGUAUAGAGCAACCGGGGUACCGGCGACAGGGCCAGGCAACAUUGUUGCGGGACCAGACGAGGGUGAUCCAGACGAAACCAGCUUUGACCUGCCCCAGCCGGUCACCCUCCGCUUUGCUGCAGCUGCACAGCAGCAGGGGAUUGAAUACACAAUCACGGUUGUCGCCAUUUACGUGAGGCACCCAGCCGCAUGCUGGGUGUGCGAGAGCGACGCGACGUGGCAGAAGGCACGCCUGAUUGCCGAUGCGCAGCAGAGCAGCUACACCGCCGGCUGGAGCGCGCUGGGCGGCGCCGCGUUUGCGUUUGCCAACACCACAGUCACCGGCGGCGGCUACAGCGCGUACCAGGCGUUCAACAACCUGUACAACCCAGAGACAGCCAUGUGGGGCACCACCGGCACCUCCUCAACGCUCAGCUCCACCAACCUCACCUGCGCCUGGUGGUUUCCCACCUCCUCCCUCGCCGGCGUGAAGCCUGCCGGCUCGCCCCGCUACUGGGGCGUGCGGCUGACCGUCCCGGCGAGCGACAAGGUGUCGGACAAGUGGCCGCUGAUGCUAUUCAUGCUGUCGGAAGUGGCCCCCUCAGCCUUCAGCUUUGCCACGCCACUGGCCGCCACAUUCUGGACCGCCCCCAGCACGCAGUUCUGCGCCCUGCUGAUGCCACAGAUGGCACUUUCCAACAAGGGGAAGGUCCUCUCGCUGCCGUGCAUGGCAGGAGGUUCCACCUUUGUCUCUGAUGCCAAGUACCUUGUCGGCUUUGCCAUUCAGGAUGCCGGCACCAAGAGCGUUCCGCGCUGGUCGGAGCUGACCAAGACUGGCUACGAGCGCUAUCGAGCCUCCAACGGCCUGCUGAUGUGCCGCAAGCGAAACGGCGUCAUCAUCAGCGACUCGGAGCCAGGCAGCUCGCCGCCGCCCGCGCAGCCUCGACCGCCGCGGCCCAAGCGCCCGCGCCCACCACGGCCGCCGCCACCGGCCAGCACACCCGCACCUGCCACCAAGGUCUACAGCGGCAAGGCGGGGGCGAGUGGGGGCGAGGUCAGCAGCGGCGACGGCUUCUCCUGCCCCUACCCGCGCCUCAGCAAGUGGCAGCGCCUCUAUUACGCCGCAAUACCCACCUCUCUGUGGGACGACAGCAAGCCGUGUGGCCGCUGCGCGCUUGUGACGUGCGUCGACUCGCGCUGCAAAGUGCCGGGCCGCCAGGUGGCUGUCUUUUUCGUCGACCAGUGCGACUCAUGCGGCACGAAUGGCUUCUCCACCAGCAGCCCCGCCUUCCUCGAGCUGACCGGGCUGAAGCCGGAUGAGGUGAAGGUGGAGUGGCAGUACACCUCCUGCGCCCCCUACACCACCGGCAGCAUCCGGCUGGAUCCCAAGUCGGGGGGGAACAAGUGGUGGCAGGAGCUGUACAUCUACAACUCUGCUGAGGGCAUCGAAUCAGUCAGUCUGGACGGCACGCCCCUGAAGCGCGACACGUGGGGCUUCUGGGUGCACGAUGGCGAGUUUGAGAAAGGAGGGAAGCACGAGCUGACAAUCAGGGGUGAGAGCGGGCGAGCGCUCACCGCCACGGUCUCCGACGUGCUCAAGAGCCAGGACCUGGGCAUCCAGUUCUAG